AUCCGACGGCUGCUUCCACGUCGUCUUUACCUUUCACGUCCGGCUUGAACUGAUCUUUAUCGCUUGUGUAUUUUUCUUUCAAUUUUGCGUUGUUGUGCCUCAACUCUAUUCGUGUUCAUCCUCCAGCAUCAUUAUCAAUUGAUGGCAGUUUGAAACCUUUGUUCCGAGGUUAGAAGAUUUGCGUUUAGCGGAGAGAACCGUAUCGCUCGAAGAUUUAAAUUUCUUCCAGGCAGUGUGUAAAGAAAUCUUACUAAAAAGAGUGAUGUUCUGAAGAAAAGCCAUUUAGAUAAGAAGAUCAUUUGCAAUUCAAAGAUGAUCGGUUCCGUUAGGCCGACGAUCCUUGCGCUGGCCGUGGUGGUGAUCGUUUGCUUUGUUGUGGACAGCGGUUCGGCCAGUCCGAGGAGACAACAGCGAUGGCGCAAUGGAAACGGGUUCUACCGCAGGGGUCAACGCGAUGAUUAUCGGGAGAACUCGGAAGCGGCAUGGAGUGGCGAAGGGAAGUGCGGGUAUGAGUCAUGUCCGGAGAUCAAGAAAGACAUGCUGAACGUCCAUCUGGUACCGCACACUCACGAUGAUGUCGGCUGGCUGAAGACGGUCGAUCAAUACUACUACGGAAGUCGCACCCUGAUCCAGAAAGCGGGCGUACAGUACAUCCUAGAUUCAGUGAUUGAAUCGCUGCUUAAGGAUCCAUCGAGGAGAUUCAUCUACGUCGAGUCGGCAUUCUUCUUCAAAUGGUGGAACGAGCAGACACCGGAUUUGCAGGACAAGGUCCGGGAUCUGGUCAAUCAAGGCCGGUUGGAGUUCAUCGGAGGAGCCUGGAGUAUGAACGAUGAGGCUACUACGCACUACCAGAGUAUCAUUGAUCAGUUUACGUGGGGCUUGAGGUUGUUGAACGAUACGUUUGGGGAGUGCGGUAGACCUCGGAUUGGAUGGCAGAUUGAUCCGUUCGGACAUUCGAGGGAACAGGCAUCGAUCUUUGCCCAGAUGGGCUUCGAUGGAUACUUCUUUGGACGGUUGGAUUAUGAGGAUAAGAGGCAGCGUUUGUCGACGAAGAAUCCGGAAAUGAUCUGGCAAUCGAGUGCCAACCUUGAAAACGCGGAUCUGUUCACUGGGGUGUUGUACAAUAUGUACCAACCGCCUCCAGGAUUCUGCUUCGAUAUACUGUGCUCGGAUGAACCGUUCAUCGAUAAUCCGUACAGUGCGGAGAACAAUGUGGACAGUAAGGUUGACCAGUUCAUAACCAUUGUAAAGAACAUGAGCUCAUCUUACCGCACUAACAACAUAGUGCUUACGAUGGGUGAAGACUUUCACUAUCAGUACGCUGAAAUGUGGUUCAAGAACCAAGAUAAGCUUAUCAAGUACACCAACGCUCUGCAGGCAAACGGUUCCAAUGUCAACGUGUUCUACUCGACUCCGUCGUGCUACUUGAAAGCCCUGCAUGACGCGGACAUAACUUGGCCAACCAAGAGCGAUGACUUCUUCCCGUAUUCCUCCGAUCCGCACGCCUUCUGGACAGGAUACUUCACCUCCCGCCCCACCAUCAAACGCUUUGAGCGAGUCGGAAACCACUUCCUGCAAGUCUGUAAGCAACUGACCGCCCUAGCUCCCGUCAAAGAAGGCCACUUCAACCCACAUCUGAACCUUCUACGGGAAGCCAUGGGCAUCAUGCAGCACCAUGACGCAGUUACCGGUACCGAGAAACAGCACGUGGCCAACGAUUACUCUCGAAUUCUGCACCAAGCCAUUGAAGCUUGCGCAGCAAACACCCAGGUCGUCCUGAACCAAAUGGUUGACCCUGCCCAGAAGAAGGGUUUGGGUAAGAAAUUUUCCCACGGCAUCAAACGGGACUUCACCUUCCAGUUCGAUACUUGCCACCUACUGAACAUUAGCAAGUGUGAGAUAACCGAAUCCAAGGACAGCUUCAUGGUCACGUUGUACAACCCUUUGGCCCACUCCGGUUACCAGUACGUUCGACUGCCAGUAUCCGGAAACAAGUACAUCGUCAAAGACUACCGUGGAGUGGAAACGCCAUCGCAAAUGGUCCCAAUUCCUGAAACCGUCGAAAGCCUCAACUAUCGCUUCAGCAACGCCAGCAACGAACUGGUAUUCCUAGCCAACGAACUUCCUCCGCUCGGUUACAAGUCCUACUUCGUAUCUCGAGUUAUCGAAACCGUAGAUGACUUCAUACAAAACCCUUCGAAUCCUACAGUUCAACUACAGUCAGACCAACCUCACAAACAGUGGCACUCGGAGGAGGUCACCAUCGGAAAUAAGUACCUUAACGUUAGCUUUGACACCAACGGGUUCCUCAGUACGAUCACGGCUAAUGGAGUUACGAAUCGCUUGCGACAGACCUUCGUCUACUACGAAGCCGCCACCGGGAACAACGUUGCUUUCAGUAACCGUUCGUCCGGUGCGUACAUCUUCCGUCCCAAUGGAACGGAUCACGUGAUAACCGACAGCGUUCAGUUGAAGGUAUUCCGAGGCAAUGUGGUUCAGGAGGUCCAUCAGGUCUUCAACGAUUGGGUCAGCCAAGUGAUUCGAAUCUAUGCCGAUGAAAAUCACGUGGAGUUUGAAUGGUUGGUGGGACCUAUUCCAGUGCAGGACCGCAUUGGAAAGGAGGUGGUGUCUCGCUUCUACACCGCUGCUCAGUCCAAUGGUGUGUUCUGGACGGAUUCCAAUGGUCGUGAAAUGAUUAAGAGGAAGAGAGAUCAUCGCGAUACGUGGGAACUUCAUCUGGAAGAACCGAUAGCUGGAAACUACUAUCCGGUGACGGCAAAGAUCGCUUUGGAAGAUGAGAAUAUUCGAUUGGCUGUUUUGAACGAUCGUGCUCAGGGGGGAUCCAGUAUGGAGGACGGCUCGUUGGAGCUGAUGGUUCACAGGAGACUGCUGCAUGACGAUGCUUUCGGCGUGGAAGAAGCUUUGGACGAACGGGCAUUCGGAAGAGGUUUGAUAGCACGAGGCAAACACUACGUGGUAUUUGGAUCGAAGAAAACUAGUAGCCCUACUUUGCAAGCUAGGGAACGCUUCCUGCAAAAUCACGUUCUGCUACCAAACUGGGUGUUCCUGAGUGAUGUCACCAACUUCAAGUACGAGGACUGGCAAAAACGCUUCAACAAUAUUUACUCCGCCCUAUCGCUCUCCCUCCCGCUGAACGUCAACCUGAUGACGUUCGAACCGUGGAAGGAAAAUAGUCUCCUGGUACGCUUCGAGCAUCUUCUGGAAAAGGAAGAAGAUCCGAUGUACUCGAAACCGGUUCGCUUUAACCUGCAGGACAUUUUCCGUUCGUUCAGCAUAGAGGAGAUCCGCGAGACGACUCUUGCCGGCAACCAAUGGAAGGAGGACAACAAACGGUUCCAGUUCAAACCGGAUCCGGCGUACUUGAAGCACAUAAACCGUGCGGAAAUUGUAAACCCAUUGCAAUCGGUGAAUGGAACCGAGACUGCGACGAAGAAGGCUGCUGCGGCGAUGGCUAGUGAAAACUUGAAGAACGUGAGCAACGAAGGGUACGAGAUCGUACUGGGCCCAAUGCAGAUUCGGACCUUCGUGAUGCAGCUGGAAUUUAGGCCAUAGGAGUGUGGGAGAACCUGCAGUUACAAACGGUAGAUUUUUAGGAACGACUGAUUCGAUCGAAAUAGAAUAGUAAGAGAUGA